UCUACCUUUUGUUGAGAGAUUAAGUUUUAUAUAAAAAGAAAGGGGGGAAAGAACUAUUUUAUUUUUUAUUUUUUUAAAGUUAGCAUUUCAGCACUAUAUAGCCUAGGGAUUUUACUUGGCAUUUAAUAGCAAGAAUUGAUGUACUUUAGAAGCUGUUUUACAUUUUUUUAUCUGCAAAAAGAGGUGCUUGCCAGUUUGUUUGGGUUUUUUUUUUCUCUCUCUGCUUUUCUUUUGCAACCUGUUGCUCACUUUUGUUUGCAGACUGGCAGCUGAAGGAGGGUUAAGACAAGUAUUUGUGAUUUUUUUUUCCUGCUAAUCAGUUCCAGGACAGCACCUUAUUGCUGAAUAUAUACAGAGGAAGGACUUUGCAUUUUGAAUAUUUUUUGUUGUUGUUGCAAUUUCUGUCAGUUUUAGACUUUUGAGAAAUCCCAUUUUUUUCUGCAAGAAGGAGGGUUUACCUUUCUGAUUCUUGUCUCCUUUUUUUUGGAUCAGCCACUAGGGAUACAAUUUUUGUCCAAUUUCAGCUGAUUUUGAUUAUUCUAGGGGAAGUGUUUUGCAAGGGGUGUGUGGUGGAGCAGUUUGCCCCCUUCUCCUCCUGUAUUGUGUAAAGUUUUUUGGAGAUGUCCAUGUCUGCUUGCCUCCUCCUGACCCUGUGCCUGGGGGUCUGUCAGUGUCUGGGGUCCCAUGUGCACUGUGAGCCCUGUGAUGAGAAGGCCAUGUCUAUGUGCCCCCCUGCCCCAGUGGACUGUGAGCUGGUGAAGGAGCCAGGCUGUGGCUGCUGUAUGACUUGUGCCCUGGCAGAGGGGCAGUCCUGUGGGGUCUACACUGAGAGAUGUGCUGGGGGUCUGCGGUGCCUCCCCAAACAGGGAGAGGAGAAACCCCUGCAUGCCCUGCUCCAUGGUCGGGGGGUCUGUCUCAACGAGAAGAGCUACAAAGACAAAGUCAAAAUAGAGAGAGAAUCGAGAGAGGAAGACCCAACCACAGCGGAGAUGACAGGUGAUAAUUAUCAAGAUAAACGUGGAAAGCUAGACCGUCUUUCGGAGCAGAAAGCAAUGGCGCUGAAUAAUUACAGAAAUAAGAAGCAGAACCUUUACAGGGUGGUUUCUGUCGAGAACAAAGCCCAGCCACCGUCUACUCCAGAACACAGCACUGAGUCUGAAACGGGACCCUGCCGCAGGCAAGUGGAAACUGUCAUGCAAGACAUGAAAGUGUCUCACCGGGUCUAUCCAAGAGCAUUUUAUCUGCCUAACUGUGACCGUAAGGGUUUCUUCAAAAGAAAACAGUGCAAGCCUUCCAGAGGUCGCAAGAGGGGAAUUUGCUGGUGCGUUGACAAGUAUGGUCUGAAGCUUCCUGGUAGUGACUAUGCAGCCGGCGAUCUUCAAUGUCACAGUUUUGACAGCAGCAACAUUGAAUGAUUCUCCAGUAUUGACGCCUGCUAGGGCUCACCGUGAUCACUUUUUAAAAUUUUUUUGAAAGGGGCGGAUAUCCAGAGUGAUACUUUCUUUUUUUUGUUAAUUUGUCUUUUUCUCAUCUCAUCGGCAACACCGAACGUUUUUUUUUCUUUUCAACACCUUCAGUUGGAAAACGAAACAAAAAAGACAAAGAAACACCAACCAAAAAAGGGAAACCGUUAUUUAAAGAAAGAAAAAAAACGUGAAUUUUGGGGGUGACACAAAAAAGUGUAUUAUGCUUUUUUGAGGGGAAAAAGGAGCCAAGGAUACGUUCUCUCGAUAAAAGUACUGUUGCAUUAUUUUAUUUUUCUCCUAAAGCCAAUAAGCUGGUCUAAGUUCCUGUUCAACUAUUGAUGCUUGAUGAAGGCAUAGAUGUAACAUUUCAGAGUGUCGGUCAUUUUAAUUUGUUUGGUUUUAGGAAUAAGCAACCCAGUGUUUGUCUUAUUCCAAAAAGAGAGAGGAAAAAAAAACCUGAAAUGUCAGAACCAUUAUUAGAAGUUUAAUUGAUUCCCUCUAGGUUCCGAUAAGAGUUUAUCAAAGUUAAAAAGUUAAUUAUACAGAGACAUAAUUAACUCAAUCUGCAUAAGAUUUGCUUGUGAAUAUCUGCAUUCACUCCUUCACAGUGACUAAAAUAAUUUGAGAAAGUGGAAUUUUUACUUUGGGUGGGCGGGCAGAACUGUGUUUGAAAACACCGGAGCCCCGAAGCACAAAUAAUACCCCUAAUUCGCCUUUUUCUCCCAUACAAAGUUAUAAUAGCAAUGACUGUAAUGAAGGAGGUAAAAUAUUGGUGGUUAAUAGGUUUUUGAACAUGUGGCUAACAUUUAGUCAGGCCUUUUUGCCUCCUUUACCCCCCAAAAAAUAAGUGGUGCUCAAAGCAAAUGCCUAAAGUGCCUUAUUGUUAAUCAGGCACCAGGAAAAAAAAUCCUCCGUUAUUCUUCACUCCCUACAAAGUUUGGACGCAGAAUAUGUUAAUGUUUGCAUUCUAUUUUUUUGCCAGUGUCACAAGCGUCUUCCUAUUCAGCCAAUGAGUUUUGACGCCAAAUAUUACCCUUAACUUAACCGAUGAUAACGCACUUUUUAAUAUUUUUCAGUUUGCUUUUUACCGGAGCAGUAAGCGGUUCCAUCUUAUUUGCUUUAAAAA